AUGCCCCCAUACAAUCCUCCAUCAGCUUCCGUGUCCCAUCGUCAGCCUAAAGCGAUGCACCAGCAAACCGCCCCUCACAACGGCGCCCUUCGUUUCGCCUUCAUCGAAGACGGGGAACCUAUCGAGCGAUAUCGCCCUGGAGGAUAUCACCCGCUUUCUAUCGGUGACGCCUUGCACCAGCGCUAUCGCAUCGUGCACAAACUCGGGUUCGGCUCCUACUCCACCAUGUGGCUCGCAAAAGAUGUCCAGCAGCUAGACAGAUAUGUUGCCAUGAAAAUAAAGACGGCCGAGACCGAUCACGACUCGAACGAGACGCGAACAUGGCGUCAUUUGUGGGCUGCCGCGAAUGAUCCCCAGCAACCUGCAUUACCAUCGCGCACUCCUUCUGUCGGCAUCCACAGCAUGCCUCCGAUCUGGGACGAAUUCACGUAG